GUUGGUUUUUCUCAACUUGCUCAGUUUUCCUUUAUCACCAUAAACAAACAGAGUCCUCUCUGCCGAGAACCAAUAUAAUGGUUUCCCCUUUGCUCAGUGCUUCUAUCACUAAGCCAUCGCCCUCAUUUUCCAUUUCUGCAAACAAGUUCAAAAUCCCUUGUGGCCCUUCCCAACAAAAAUUACUACUCCCAUUUGUAUCGGGCGUGGGAAAAUCGAAGCCCAUUAAAAAUGUUCAAAAUUUGUCGUACUCGCAAACCCUAGCACGAAUUGGGUUUCAGAGUUCUGUGAUUCCUCUGGCUGUGUCUCUUGCUUUUGUUCUAUGGUCUAAUCCAGCUCAUGCUGGAUUUCUCUCGGGCAUCUCGGGGAUAGAAUCAGUACCAGGCCCUCAGUUGCCUAAGGUCGAUUUUCUCACGCGUUUUAAUGAGGAAAAUCAAAAGAAAUAUGCCGAAAAUGAUGCAAGAUUCAAAGAGUCUCCUCUCCUUAAGAAGUUGCUGGAGCAGACCAAGCUAAACAAAGAAAAAAAUCGACAGCAAAUUCUUGACAAAUAUUGCAUCCGUGGGGCUGAGUGGGGAGUUGGAGAUUGCUCAGCCGAAGGCAUGUCACCAGAAGAUAGAGACAAAUUUAUUGCGAUGUUGAAGCAGAAAGCUGGAGUUGAAUGAGGCCAUGCAGUUCUAAUUUAAUGCAUGCCGAUACGGUGAUGUGGCAACUCAUUGCAAGUUAAUUCUUUCGAAAUAUGAAGCGAAAAACAUUAGGCAAAGGAAUAAUAUCAAACAUUUUUGCAAGAGUUAUGAACGAUUAAUAAAUCAUUUCCCAUUUUAGUUCAUCCCCAUUUAAAUUGUUUAGAGUGUAUUUUACAAAAUCAUCCUUGAUUUUGGCCUUGUAACGAUACCGAUGUUGGAGCUUGAAGAACUUGGUGAAGGAAUCUUGACUACGGCAAUUUUGCAGCUAGUCAUGAUGAUUGGAGGAAUUUUGGAGAAAAAGAUGAGAGGUAGAGAGGUCCCACCAUCUAUGCCAGAAAUUUGUAACAAAUUUUGUGUAUUGAAUUUAUAAACACAAAAAAUAUUGACUUGAUUUGACUUGAAGUAACGUUAAUUUGAGGGCUAAUGCCUUGAUUUCAGAUCAAACGUCG